CAGGGCCCUGAUACAACUAAGAGAAUCGGCAACACGUUUGAUCUUAAAUUCCGAAUUCCGAUAUUUAUUUUACACAGUUCGUCAGUUCAUAGAAAAGUAUAAUAUUAUAUAUUAUACUGUGAUUAAAUUUUAAAUCUUUUCUUUAGCUUUCUCAUACAGAUUACCUCAAUACUUGUAAAUUGUAUUAAUAGCAUAUUAUUGAUAAUACAUAAUUUAAUUUGUACUAGUUUUACCAAUUUAAAAACAUAUUAUUCAAUAUUUGUUUGUAAUCUCAACAGUUAAUUUUUUAAGUACCCAUUGAAUAUGAAUACGGACACUCUUUGUAAGUUUUGUACAGGGAAUCAAAGCAGAUAUGUUUGUCCAAAAUGCGGAGCACCUUACUGCUCUUUAACGUGUUACAAAUCGUCUAUUCAUUUAGAGUGUACAGAACAAUUUUACAAAGAAUGCAUUCAAGAAGAGUUAGACAUUCAAGAUUCAGACGAUGUAGGCAAGAGAGAAAUGAUAGACAUUCUUAAAAGAGUGUAUGGAGAAAAUGAAGAUUCUGAAAAUGAUUCAGAUGAUGAAGAAUUCACAGAUAUCAAUGACCGAUUGAAUGGUAUUGAUCUAAAUGAUGCUGAGGUAGUAUGGAGUUAUUUAACUGAUUCAGAAAAAGCGGAAUUUGAACAUCUUGUUAAGUCUGGCGAUAUCUCUAAAAUUCUACCUCAGUUUACUCCUUGGUGGUGUUUACCGAUUGAAAAACAAAUAGUAACUGAAGUUGGUGAGAAUAUUGAAGAAAGUGAGAUUCCGCCUUUGGUAACAAACAUUCCAAAAUUGUCUAUACUUUCAAAAAAAUCACCAUCAGACUGCAUCCAAUGGAAUUUAGUCAAUAUGAUUACUUCAUAUGUGUUUUUGAUACGGUAUUAUAACGGAAAACAUAAAUCAUAUCUAUCAGAAUUUAUCAAUGGACUCUAUAAUUUGUCAAAAAAUCUUUCUUUUAAUCAGAAUUUUGAAUCUUAUGACAUGGCAGUAAAAUCUGUUGAGCUUUGUAUUCAAGAGCAUGAAAUGUUCAAAGGAUUUCAAGAAGGUUUUAAACUUAUAAAUAAUGACUUAGAAACAAUAUUUAGUAAUGGUUUUGAUUCCAACUGCAAUCAUAACAUAAAAUUAGCUUUAUCUGAUAUACAUAAUUUACUGACAAUGUAUAAAAAUGAGSAAAAAAAUAUUCCGUUGAAAAAAACUGAACAAGGAGAAUUUAAUAGAAAGUUUCCUGAUGCUAAAGCCUCUUAUUUCAUACAUGUAGACAUUAAGAAAGUACGUUUGUUAUUGAAAAAGAUUGAAUAUUUUUUAUCAUGGGCGGAUGAAAAAAAAUUAUAAGAAUUAAUUAUUAAUAACUAUUAUUUUUGUCAUUCAUUAAUUAAAGUGUAGUUCAUAUAAUACAUUAGAAGACUAUGUAAACUGAUUGGUGAAACA